AUGCGGAGACCGACUGCGCGCGGCGGCAGCGGCGAACUCGUGGGACCACGCGGCGGUCGUCCCCUGCGCCAACCGUCGGGGCCGUCCUCGCACGGAGUCGUCGCACGCGGCCCAGCCGAGCCCUACGGCGCGUUGGUUGAUAGUAACGAGGUACAUGCGGAGAUACGCGAUCUCGCGGCGCGGGUGAAGGGUGUGAUUGAAAACAACUUCCAAAAAGAUGCCACCUCCGAGGCCCAAGUUCUUCAGGGCAUUCGUCGCUUUGGCCCAUCCGCGCAAUCCAAAAAAAUUCUUAACCGCGAGAAUGCGGCCGCAAUGCUGGCCCUUCAGACGGGGGUGUACGCCGUCUGGCGGUGUGAGCAGCCCAAGUUGUCAGGGUCGAAUACGGACUUCUGUGCACGGGUUGGGUACCAGCAUCGUUGCUUUUGCGGGCACUCACUUGAGGAACAUGCCGCGCUAAAACCGCUGCGGGGUCGCGUGGCGGCACCUCCAUGCCAGGCAUGCGCAUGUGGAGGUUUUAACUACAUGCCGAAUGAACCCGAAGAGAUUGGGGAAGGGUGGCUGACGCGAAGGGGCAAUUGGGACCCGGAAAGGUGGUCCGCCAAGUGUCGCUGCGGCCAUGGGCACAAGCAACAUGAUCCAAGAAAGCGUUCCUGCAAAGAGUGCGGUUGUAGUGGAUUUACGAGUCACUUUUUGUGUGCGGUGUGCGACCGCGAUGGCGAGGCCCAUGCAACUGUUUUUGAGUUGGAGCAGGACCGCCUGCAGAGAGGACUGCCGGUGCGUGAAGCCUAUUUUCCUCUGAUGGCGCUCGAUUGGUCUGUGCGGGAGCUGGUGCUUGAAGACCCCACCGGUGGCGGGGCGCUUACGGCCCCACCCAGCCGCCCUGCGCUAGAGACAGGCGGAGCGCCGUCUGCUGGCAGCCGCACCGGAUCGCAGCGGAGUUUGCCGCAAAAAUUUCCCGCCGUGGCGCAGCUGACACCACCGCCACCGCAGCAACAGCAGCAGCAAUACUGCACGGGCUGCGGGACGAUGUAUCGUUCCGCCCAGGUAAAGUUCUGCUCCCAAUGUGGAAAACAGCGGCAGUAA